UUAAUUAGGAGGACAAGAUUUUAGUGGAAGAGUAUAACCGCGUAGCAUAGAUAAUAAAGUCAAGGUUUGGUUUGGUGAUUGGGUCAUCAAACUAAUUAACAAUAAAUAUAUUCGCGAUCCCUCCUCCCCUUCAUUCGUUUGACAGUUUUGUAUUUCAGUUCGUGCAUUUCUCCCGAAUCCCAGAAGAAGGAAAAAUGAGUUAUUAUCCUCCUCCACAAGGAGACAAGGGAGGAUACCAACAACAAGGGUAUCCAGGUCAAGGAUAUGGAGGAUACCCACCACCACCACAAGGGUACCCUCCACCACAGUAUCCUCAACCUCAGUAUGUUCAGCCUCCUCCUCAGCAGCAGAGUCAGAGUGGUGGCGGUGGUGGUUUCAUGAAAGGAUGUUUGGCUGUUCUUUGUUGUUGCUGCCUUAUGGAUGCGUGCUUUUAAUACCAAACUUGAUGACUUUGAUUGACUCAACAUCGUUGUGAUUCUACAAUUGGGGAUAUAUUUACGAGCUUGCGAAUUAUAUACUUAUGCACAAUUUACAUAUUACGUAUUGUUAUGUAGACUUAACAAUCGUCCUCCAAAUUAAUGUAAUAUUUUAUCUAUAUCUUAUGUAUAUUGGAUAUUUGACUUGGAAAUUUCUACUCUCAUUUAGUUGCGACAUUGUGCAAUCAA